AUGGACCCGUACCCUCCACCAUCGUCCAUGACCCUCUCCCCUCAAUCGCCGCCCGUCGGUCAACCAUCGACCGUUUUCCGGCCCCGCCGAUCCGACGACUGGCACGAGUAUCGCGAAAUCAUCGAGCAACUCUACCGCAACGACCAGCUCAAACUGCGUGAUGUCAAGCGCAUUAUGGAACGGGACUAUAAGUUCUAUGCCUCAGAAAAACAGUACAAAGACCGCCUCGCUGCAUGGCAUGUCCGCAAAAACAUUAAGGCCAAGGAAGUGCAUUUGAUGAUUCGCAAGCAGCAAAAACGCGCCGCCCGAGGGAAGCAGACUGCCUUUCGGGUAAAUGGCCAGAAUGUCGAUCCUAAACGCAUUGCACGCUUCGUUCGCCGUUACGGUAAUUCAUGGGAUCAAGACGGGGAUCGAGACGCUGAGGAUCAAAGUCCCGAGCCGAAAACCCCAUCUGAUAUGACAUGUUAUACGCCCGAACCAGAGGACAAUGCUGCCACGCCAGUCUCUCCACCAGACAUCCAGUCACCCACGAGGGAAACAUCGACUUAUCCACUCAACUACGACCCUAAUUCCAUCGACACCAUCCCAGAUCUGAUAAUGGACGACGACAACAACACUUACCCACUGCACAUACCCCGACGAACAUAUCACCCAAGCCACCAUCCUCAUCCUUCUCACCCCUCAGCACACCAACUCCCCCACCCAGCAGUGUCACACCCACUAGUCCACCCAGUACCACACCCAGCCAUCACCACCUCCCAGGAUGCUGAUCACCAUCCGCCCGUGGCACUCCCACUCCCUGGAUCCUUGCAGCAGCACCGGGGAGGCAUGAACGGUCCUCCUGAAAUGUUUCCACAUUCUAGUAGUUAUGCUAGUCUGGAUGCGUUUCAGAAUCGACUCGGUGAAUUGGGCACUACGCUUAAUGAGUCCAUGGCUAAGUGGUCGCGUGAGCAGGAUCCUAAUCAGGAGAUUCCUCAUCAUGAGGGGUUGGGAUUGUGA